UAUAUAUAUGUAUGCAAAUUAAAAACUUGAAGGCGCCAAUUUUCUUUCUCUCAGAAUGUCCGUUGAAGUCUCGCGGCAAAUCUUCCUCUUCCGCUCUCUAAUUGAGAACCGAAGAUUCGAUGACGGAACUCUCCGAGUUCUCGAGUGCAUUUUGGCCUCCAACGGCGCGAAAUCGCUGAUCGGUAUCGUAUCCGCUUUGAAUGAUUUCAUGCGACGCGAGUCUCUCUCUGUCCUCCGUGAAAUUAGUUCUCUCAGAUCUGUUGACGAUAAGCUUCUGAUCGUUGAAUUUCACGUUCGCGUUUUUGCUCUCAUCGGCGAUGUUGAGAGUUGCUUGGCCUUGAGAUACGAAGCAUUGCUCAUGCGAGAACAAAAGGCUAAUAGUGAUCAGACACUUCGAGUUUCAUGUAUUGAAUGGCUCACCUUUGCGCAGCAUUCGUUUCAGAAUGGCUUUUAUUCUAUUGCAAGAAAGGCAUGUGAGAAGGCAUUAUUAUGCUUUGAUAUGAAAAGCAACAUAAUUGACACUCAGACAGGUGACCUCUUCAAUAAUGUUCAAUUGAUUGAAAAAAUCGAGGAGCUCAAAUAUUAUGCUGCUAUCACAGCUUCUUCACAAUCUGUGCAGGCGCAGGCAGCACAGUACUUGAAGAAGAAAGCAGUUGACCACAGUUCAGAUCAUCCUUUUCCCGUUAUUAAAGAUAAUGAUUCCGGAAGUGCUAAAUUCAGAAAAGGAAUUAAAAGACGUCAUCUACGGCAAUUGCAUCAUGCCAGAAGCCGGUUGCCAUCUUCUGCAUGCCCUUCAGAAAUGUGCUGAAAAAUUUUGAGGUCCCU